CGCCAUAUUUUGUGUUACGCAACGUAUUUUGUUUGUGGUUGAACACUGUGGUGUAGUUUGGUGUGUUUACAAGAAGAUACAUCACGUCGUAGACUAAUAGACGAAACAAAAAGAUGACUAAAAGAUCAAUUCACUGGUUUCGCAAAGGACUCCGUCUCCAUGACAACCCAGCUUUACUGGCUGCUUGUGAGAAUGCUGUUGAUGUUAAACCAAUUUUCAUCUUAGAUCCAUGGUUUGCCAGUAGUGCCAGAGUUGGUGUGAAUAGAUGGCGCUUCCUGAUACAGACUCUACAAAACUUGGACCAAAGUUUGAAAAAAUACAAUUCUAGGUUACAUGUUAUUAGAGGUACCCCAGGAGAGGUUUUUCCUGAACUGUUCAAACAAUGGGAGACCACUCACUUGACCUUUGAAUUUGACAUUGAACCUUAUGCCAAGGUCAGAGAUGCUGCAGUUAAGGCACUUGCAGAAAAGUCUGGUGUUGAAGUAAUGACAUGUGUAUCCAAUACUCUGUACGAUACUGAUAAAGUUAUCAAAGCUAAUGGUGGAAAUCCUCCAUUGACCUACCAGCGUCUACAAACAGUUCUCUCUAAAAUGGGAGCACCUCCUAAGCCUGUUGAGGGACCAAAAGAAAUAAAGACCAAAAUAGCAGCCAAUCAUGAUAAAGAGUAUGGUGUACCAACCAUGACUGACCUCGGAAAGGAUGAUUCUGAAUGUGGACCCCUACUGUUUCCUGGCGGUGAAACAGAGGGUCUGAAAAGACUGGAUACUAUGAUGAAAAAAACAAAUUGGGUGUGCAAGUUUGAAAAGCCUAAAACAGAACCUAACACCUUGGCACCAUCCACAACAGUGUUAAGUCCAUACUUGAAAUUUGGCUGUGUUUCUGCAAGAACCUUCUACUAUGAUGUACAGAAUGUUUACCGUCAAAACAAGAAUCACACUCAGCCUCCAACAUCAUUAUUAGGACAAUUAUUCUGGAGGGAGUUUUAUUAUGUCAUUGCCUCUGUGUCACCAAACUUUGACAAGAUGGAAGGGAAUCCGAUCUGUACACAGGUCGACUGGGAUGAUAAUAAAGAAUAUUUAAAUGCAUGGAGAGAGGGAAAAACUGGUUACCCAUUUAUUGAUGCUAUUAUGAUCCAAUUGAAGACUGAAGGUUGGAUCCAUCACUUAGCCAGACAUGCUGUGGCUUGUUUCCUGACACGAGGAGAUCUGUGGUGUCACUGGGAGGAAGGAAUGAAUGUAUUUGAGGAAUGGUUGUUAGAUGCUGAUUGGUGUCUGAAUGCUGGUAAUUGGAUGUGGCUGUCUGCCUCAGCAUUCUUCCACCAGUACUUCAGAGUGUAUAGUCCUAUAGUUUUCGGCAAGAAAACUGAUAAGGAUGGAAAUUAUAUCAGAAAGUAUUUACCACAAUUGAAGAAUUUCCCCACACAGUACAUUUAUGAGCCAUGGACAGCACCAUUGAAAGUCCAAGAGAAAGCAGGAUGUAUUAUUGGGAAAGACUAUCCUAAACGUGUAGUUGAACAUGAUAAAGUGAGGGAGAAAAACAUAAAACGAAUGGCUGAGGCAUACAAAAAAAGGAAAGAGGGCAGUAGUAAAGGUAUUACUGAGAAGAGAAAGACUAAAGGCAGCGAGGAUGGAACUCCAAAGAAAAGAAGAAAAACAGAAGGAAAAAACUCUAAAAUAACAGACUUUGUCAAGAAGUCAAAAUAAUGUUAAAAUGAUGGAAGACUUAUUAAGGCCAUAACUACCUCAAUAACAUUAAACUUUGAAAAGACAUUUAGAAAUGAUGUCAAUAAUAAAUUGUGCAGGCCAG